UUGCCUACGAGGAGUGCGUUUGAUUGUUGCAGGGCUCAAUGGCGGACAUAGCACUGUAGUCGCCCACAUCAACGGAGGACAAUAACAUCUACACGGAGUUCAUUACCAGCCGUCGUUCAUCGCCCGCUGGUUCACUGCUCGGUACCCAGUUUGCGGUGUAUUGGCGAUACGUUUAAUAGCCCUAAAAGGCUAUUUACCCCCCGUACGCGCCUGUGAGCACUUCUGAGUUCCCGAGCGAGGAAGUUAACACUGUUUCAUGGUGGCUCGAUAGAAGCAGCUAGCUUGCGGGGAAAUCAUGGGGGAGCCUCUUGAAUUGAUAGGGAAACGUCUACUCUUGCUACUUCGCGACGGCGGGACUGUCAAUGGAACCGAACCGGAGCAGACACCGCGAGUCCGGGACUGGCUGCGAGGGACGGUGCGGGCAGUGAGUGUCAUCGGCCUGGCCGCUCCGGAGCCUAGCGCAGGGGAGGCGACAACAACAACUCCUGCUGCGGGACUGACGGUGUUUGUGGAGUUUGACAAUGCAUCGCAGCAGUGUUCGUGGGUGCAGGUGUAUGAUGACAGCGUUAAGGCCGUGCUGGUGGAAGAUACCGUCGUUUGGGCCAGUCGCAGUACUCCUGCUGGCACCACCGGAUCAGCUAUGACCUGGCCUGCUCUGGCUUUCCACUCACUCGUGGACAGAGUGGGUUUGGGAUCUGUUCUUCCAGUGCAGUAUUUUGGAAACAACGACCUUGAGUUUCUACCCGAUAAAAAGUCCAUCCACAGGUUUGAGGUUGAUAAAGACAUAAGACAUCCACUGCUGUUGGAGCAGCCCUCUUUGCAAGCUGCCAUCUCCAGCUGGCGAAGUGACUUUGAACUACAGGAGAUCCUCAGGAAGGGUUCAUACACAAUUCAAGGACGAAAGGUGUGUGUCUAUAAGCCGGAGUUUGAGGAAUGCUGGGCCUCAGGAUUUGUCUCCCAACACGACCCUGUCUCACACAUUAUGGAGAUCAUGUUGGAUAAGAGUAAAGAAAAGCAGAUGGUGGACCCUCGUGUGAUACAAGUCAUGCUGGCAGAGGAAGAGAAUGGCCGGCGAAAAAUGGACAGUGAGACAUUGAAAGGGGACAAUAGUCGCAGGAGAAGGACUGCCUCUGAAGAGGAAGAUAUGAACUUGAAGCGUUUCAAAGGAGCAGCAGAAUCUGGAGUGGAUGGACAAAGCUGUGACGAUUCCAACAAAAAUUUGACAGAGGGGACAGAUGUGCGGGGAGGAGACUCCGGCGAAAGAGUCAGCAGCACAACCAAAAACGGAAGCUCCUCAGAGGGAACUUUUCUUCAGGGCAAAGUGUCGUCGGCCCAUGCCAAUCCCAUCCUCCAGAUGGAUCAGUCAAAUGCCACCCAAGCGUGUUAUUACACACACGCUAAAGAAAAUGGACGGACACUGUCCACACAAGGGGCAGCGGACUCCACCACUUCUGUAUCUCAUACGCCCAUCCCUCCGCCCCUCAAACCAGCACCAUCUCCCUUUUCCGCCACAUCUUUCCCCUCUCUCGGCCAGAUGCCAAGCCUGGUUCCUGGAGCUCCGGCCUCCAAGGCUUCUCUGACCCCCCAGCCGGCCAGAGAAGAGGCCUCCCAGUCCUUUUCUAAAACAGCUGCUCUUGUUUCCCCUGGGCCUGUCACCAUUUCUUGGUCUUCACCAGACAGCAGCCCGAGUGUGGCACUGUCUGCUUCUGUGGGGUUCACUCCCAAGGCACCCACUUGGGGAAACCAGACGGAGGGAUCUAAGACUGCUUCUAGUUUCCGUCUUCCGGCUGUGUCUGCUGCUCCUGUAUUUGGAGAGGUUACCUCACAGACGAAUGGAGCCUCUGCUGCAUCUACAACCUCCAAGGACACUUCCAGACCAUUUGGUUUUGGCUUUGGCAGAGAUAAAAAUGAAACCCAAUCUCAGCAAGAGCAAAACCUGUUUUUCCAAUGCAUGACCAAGAAUUCAGACACCAACCCAGGUCUAGCAGCAUCACAAAGCCAGUCCAAGGACACAAAUUACUUUGCAGCAGCAUCUGAAACCCUUAGUAAGGAGCCCCCAAACCUUUUUAAGUCCUCUACAGAAGGGAUGAAAAAACCCGAGCAGCCCAAAAUGCCUGAAUCCCAUCCAACAGGAAAUGGUGUGAUCUCGUCAUCAGCUUUCCCGGGCAUGGGUGGUGCAGCUGCAGGGAGGGUUGCUGCCAUUGGAGGUACGGCAGCAGUAUCCGGACUACAGAAUCUUUUGAAGAAUUGUAAUAAUGGCACAUCUACAGCGGGUGUGGUACUGCAGUCUAGUUUUAAACCUUCAGAGAGCCAUCAGAACCUUUUUCUGCAGGGCUCCAAAGAGCCAACUAAUCCAUUCUUGGCCUAUGGGGACAAAAACGCACACACGUUUGCUGGACUCUCCAGGGUUGAGUCUGGCUCGGACAGCAAGCCAAACCUUUUCACAAUGGGAGAGCCACCUAAGGGAAUUCGGUCGUCCCCUUUCUCAGUACUCUCAUCCACUGUUUCACCCAGCUCUUCAACCUCUCCAGCACCGACGACAACUCAGAGGUCACAGAACGAAGGUGCUCAGAUAAAGGACGAAAAGGCAGCUGGGGAGAUGCCAUCAUCCACCUCGGGUAGCUCUGUCUUUGGAAUCACUGGUCCUACUAGAAUGGACCAGAUGCCUGUGUCUUUUGACCUCAACCCUAGUCAGAGGUUUGUCUUGGAAGAAAGAGCACAGUCAACCAAACGUGACUCUGACCUAAGCAGUAACAGCGACCUGUCAGACCUGAGUGACAAUGAGGACGGUCCAGACAAAGGCCAAGCCCUAGGAGCAUUGUCGCACCCAUCGAAGGAUGGGGCCAUGCUGCAGAAAACUAAAGUCCAAGGCAAUGCAAAAAGCCGCCCACGUAAUAAGCCUUUCAAAGUGGGGCAGUCUGUACUGAAAGACCAGAGUAAAGUCCGCCGUCUGAAGCAGUCUGGCGAGUCCUUCCUUCAGGACGGCUCGUGUAUCAACGUGGCCCCUCACUUGCACAAGUGCCGCGAGUGCCGCUUGGAGCGCUACCGCAAAUAUCGCAAUACAGAUGAUGAUAGCGAGGAUGACGACGAUCCAAACGUGGCGUGUCGUUUCUUUCACUUCCGAAGGUUGGCAUUCACUCGUAAAGGUAUGUUGCGUGUUGAAGGCUUUCUAAGCCCCCAGCAGAGUGACUCGAUGGCUAUGGGUCUCUGGCUACCUGCACCCGCUGUGCAAGAAGGCCUCGAUCUUGAUACAUCUAAAUAUAUUCUGGCCAAUGUGGGUGAUCAGUUCUGCCAGCUGGUAAUGUCAGAGAAAGAGGCCAUGAUGAUGGUGGAACCUCACCAGAAAGUAGCUUGGAAGCGCGCUGUGCGAGGCGUGAGGGAAAUGUGUGAUGUGUGUGAGACCACUUUGUUCAACAUCCACUGGGUGUGCCGCAAGUGUGGCUUUGGAGUGUGUCUCGACUGUUAUCGGCUUCGCAGGAACAGGCCAAUAGAGGAGUUAGAUGAAGGUCCAGAGGAUGAAGUGUUCUCCUGGUUGAAGUGUGCGAAGGGCCAACCUCAUGAGCCACAAAACCUUAUGCCGACACAGAUUAUACCUGGGACAGCUCUUUACAACAUAGGUGACAUGGUGCACUCAGCGAGAGGCAAGUGGGGUAUUAAAGCCAACUGUCCCUGCACCAGUCGACAUACGAAGUCCCUAGUUCGCCAUAGCGCGCCCAAUGGAAUUUCACAGCAGUCGACAAACAGUGGCAGUGGUGGCAUCGUCGUAGCUGCGCCCUCUACUGCUGGCACCACUGUAAAGUCAGAAGGCGAAGCAUCAACUAUCAAAAUUGAAGGUGCACAGACCGCAGUAUCGUCCAGUGGCGGGGGAGGGGAAAGCGUGGGGAGUACUAGUAACUCGACCAGUGGUACAUCGUCCCUCAGUAACCUCGCACAGUCUUCCACUAAGGAGUCGCGCUUAUCAGGAGAGGGCAACAGCUCCGCUCUACACUGGCUGGCAGACUUGGCCACACAGAAAUCCAAGGAUGACACAAAAGAAUCUGGUUCACUCCGUGCCAUAAUGAAUCGAGAAAGUCGGCCUCCUUUUGGCCUGGACUCCCUCAGUUGCCUGUCAAGGCCUUCCGCUUCCAGCCCCAAGCUCUUCAACAGCCUUUUGCUGGGCUCCAGUGCGACCCAGUCCAAACCAGAAGGUUCCAGUCUCCGUGACCUGCUCAACUCCGGACCCGGCAAGCUUCCCCAAGGACCUGGAGAGAGUGGAGUACCAUUCCCAUCGGUUUUUACCUCUGGAGGCGGUGACAAGCUGAAGAGCAGCCUUCCUAACUUUUUGGACCACAUUAUUGCCUCAGUAGUGGAGACUAAGAAGGCAGAAGGCCGACGUACGGGAACCUCAGAGGGAAAUGAGCUUAGUGUGCUGGGAGCCCGUAAAGAUGGAGUAAUGGGGCUCAGUGUUUUGGAACCACAUACCUCACACUCCUGGCUGUGUGAUGGCCGACUCCUUUGCCUCCAAGACCCUCGCAAUACCAACAACUGGAAGAUCUUUAGAGAGUGCUGGAAACAAGGACAACCUGUGUUGGUGUCAGGGAUACAUAAACGACUGAAAUCUGAGCUGUGGCGACCUGAGGCCUUCAGUGAGGAGUUUGGAGACCAGGACGUAGACUUGGUCAACUGCAGAAACUGUGCCAUCAUUUCUGACGUGAAGGUGCGAGACUUCUGGGACGGCUUCCAGGUCAUCUCCAAGCGACUGCAGGACAGUGAAGGUCAGCCUAUGGUGUUGAAAUUAAAGGACUGGCCUCCAGGAGAAGACUUCAGAGACAUGAUGCCCACACGGUUUGACGAUUUAAUGGACAACCUUCCCUUGCCUGAGUACACUAAAAGAGAUGGGCGGCUAAACCUUGCCGCCCGUCUGCCUAACUUUUUUGUGCGACCCGAUCUAGGACCCAAGAUGUACAACGCCUACGGACUGAUCUCGAGUGAAGACAGAAAGGUUGGCACCACCAACCUUCAUCUUGACGUCUCCGAUGCUGUCAAUGUCAUGGUUUAUGUUGGCAUACCUCAAGGAGAAGGAGACCAGGAAAAAGAGGCAGAUAUUUCUGGAUACAAAGAGGUCAUGACCACUAUUGAGGAGGGCGAUGUGGAUGAAAUGACCAAGAGGAGGGUAUACGAAGGAAAUGAGAAACCCGGAGCUCUCUGGCACAUCUAUGCGGCCAAGGACGCCGAGAAGAUCAGAGAACUGCUCCGCAAGGUGGGAGAGGAACAGGGUCAGGAGAACCCUCUAGACCAUGACCCAAUUCACGACCAGAGCUGGUACUUGGACCAGGUCCUCCGCCGCAGACUCUAUGAAGAAUAUGGCGUCCAGGGCUGGGCCAUUGUGCAGUUCUUAGGCGAUGCGGUUUUUAUACCCGCUGGAGCGCCACACCAGGUACACAACCUAUACAGUUGUAUCAAGGUGGCUGAGGAUUUUGUGUCUCCAGAGCAUGUGAGACACUGUUUCAGACUGACCCAGGAGUUCAGACACCUGUCCACCACUCAUACCAACCAUGAAGACAAGCUACAGGUGAAAAACAUCAUCUAUCACGCAGUGAAGGAUGCGGUCGGCACGCUGAAGGCCCAUGAACCGAAACUCGCCCGCCCCUAGUCACUAAUCGUGUCCACACACACACACACACACACACACACACACACACACACGCACACGCACGCAAGCACGCGCACACACACGCGAUACAUUGCAAGCCCUACAUACAUAAACACACACUCAAGGUGCAAAGGGCAGAUAUAAAGUGCGGCGUAGUUUAUAUAUAUAUAUGGGUUAAGAGCAUGUCAAAUUUAGGGGAGGGUUCAACCUGGUUUUGGACUUGUGGGCGCCACAAUGAAGGAAGUCCUUUAUCGCUGUCGCACAAUACACUCAAACUUGUCUAGUUUUCCAAUUUGUGUUCAAAAUUUUGCUUUGAUUAACUCUGUAUUUAAGGUCAGUGUGUUUAUGUCGUUCCCAUUGUAUACGUAUGUAUGUGAGAGUAAUGAGUAACGGAGGUAUGAGCUGGCGUGCCUUCGCAGCAGAUGUUCAGCUACCUUAUACGAAACUGAUAUGUGCGUUUCAGGCUCAUGUUUCUAUUUUAAAGACGUCAACGUAUUUCUUCAAUAGACACAAGGUUAACCUGUUUUUGUAGAUUUCUUUUUGUUGUUCUUGCAGUUUUCAAACAGAGUGCUUCUACCCUAAGUGGCUGAAAUGUGUUUGUGAAGCAGCCAGUGAAGGGAAGCAGACCAAAGUUUUGUAUUUUUAGUUUUCACUUUCAGAAUAAUGAGUCUUUUCUUUUAUUAUACACCUGUACAUCAUUACACGGGUGAAUUUCAUAGAAGUGGCUUUUUUGGGUUACUUUAUUUCAUAGGCUGAAUAACUGCAGAUUUGCAACAACAUUGUUCUAAAAUCACAUUUGCAGCUGAACAGAACUACUGGCCAUUAACAUUGUAUCAAUAUAUAUAUUGAUCUUAGCAGUCUGUUUGAUUUUUCACAAUAAAGCUUGAGAAAAAUGGCUGUGUGCGUAUGUUUAUCAAGCUGCAGUGACAUUGUCUGUUUUGCUGUGAAUCCAUUAAAAUAUGUUGCGUAUGGCGCAUUUUAGAAGUAUCACUUGAUUUAAACCAGUGUGGCACAGUGAGCCGCCUCUCAGAAUAAAAUGCUGUUAAGUCCUC